ACCUACGAAAUUAGUGAUCGAAGUGAAGUCGAUUAUAGUUUAAGUGUCUAAAUGAAAUAUUCCGUCAAAUUUAGGGCUUAGUAUGUAUUAAGCCAUUUAAUAAUCAUUCUGUAAGAUUCAAUUCCUUUGAGCUGCCAUUGCAGUGUCACUAGGGGGAGAAGAUGGAUCGGUCGAAACAAGUAGAUCCUAAUGGCUUAGAAGCUUCACUCAUUCAAAUCAUCAACUCCCACCAUUCUUCAUCUCUCAAGCUCCGUGAAUCCACCGAGAAGGCGAAGAAGGAUGGGAUUCGUAGUGCAAGGCGGGUUUCGGAGCUGUUAGUGGAUUCAGUGAAUAGAGAAGUACAAGAAGCUUUUGUAAUGCAAAAGAGAAUUGAAAUGGAAAUUCGUGCUUUAACUGCAAGCAUUUUGCAAUUUGGAAAGCAAACUGAUCAAUGGCUUGCUGCUUCACACUCUAUCAAUACUGCAAUUAAGGAAAUUGGAGACUUUGAGAAUUGGAUGAAGACUAUGGAGUUUGAUUGUAAAAGUAUUAAUGCUGCAAUCUGCAAUAUUCACCAAGAAUGACAUUGAACCUGAAUUAUCAUAGGCCUGUGAUUAGUACAUGGUUUAUAUCAUGUCAUUUAAACUCUUUGGCACAGUGUACAGAAUAUUCUUUUUGCAUGAAUGAUAUGAAAUUACAUUUAUUUCUGUACAACAACUUGUAUACUCUAUAAUUUUAAGCCAAUUCUUGAAGGAUUAGGAAUAGCUAAACACACUUUAAUUUUAUAUAAGAAUGGAUAUUAUGUCAA